UGCCAAGAUGUUUAUCAGUGAUUCCCAUUAUGAUCUCAUGGGUUUUUUUGCGUGUCUGAAGGCCUCUGCUUCCAAGCUGAACAGGGAGCAAAGGAGUGCCUGUGUGUGUGUGUGUGUCUGUGAGUGUGAGCGAGUGAUGCACAUAUGCUUGCUCACACCCCGGCAGUGUGCUGAGCCAGAAACUCCAACGGCCAGCACUGUUCUCUCGCCUCCUCUCCAGGGCAGGAGAGAGAAAAAGACGCACAGAGAAAGAGGGAACGAAACAGAGAGGCAGCGGAGGAGGGCAGCUCUUCUCUCCAUCAGCAUCUCCAACUUUUCCAACUCUGCGUCAUGGGGAGGCCACCGAAUGCCGUUUCCCUCCUGCUCUUCCUCUUCUGCCUGGAGACUUCCUGGGAGACUCAGGUUCCCCGUUCUGUCUCCUACCCCUCCAACGCAACUGUCUUUUCCCACGUCUACACCAUCAAACUUGCAGGAGAUGUGAUGGAAGGCGAAGGAGCCACCUCUUUGCCCCAAGAAGCCUUGGGUCCCCCGGGGUCCUCCCAUGGAGGCGGCUUGUAUGAACACACGCUGGAAGGGCCCGAUCAGGAGCACGUGGUUUUCACCCAUCGCAUCAACCUUCCCCAGCAGUCCUGUGGGUGUGCGCCUGGGACUGAGGACACUCGGGAGCUUCUCAAGCGGUUGCAGGCACUUGAGAAUGAAGUGCGAACACUAAGAGACACCUGCCAAGCUGGGAGUGGCUGCUGCCCUGCUACGGCCCCCAGUCAGGCCAGUACAGGCCAGACAGACAUACGUACCCUGUGUUCCCACCAUGGCUCCUUCGACCUCUCUCGAUGCCAAUGCGAAUGUGAGCCAGGUUGGGGUGGCCCCACCUGUGCCGAACCAGCAUGCCCAGGUGGAUGUGGUGGCCCACAGCGUGGCAAGUGUGCAAACGGCCGUUGCCAGUGCCGUCCUGGCUACUCGGGCACCAACUGCGAGGAGCCACCUUCGUGCCCAGAUGACUGCAAUGACCAAGGCCGCUGCGUGGAUGGGCGCUGCAGUUGCUUUCCAGGCUAUGUUGGCCCUUCCUGCUCCGAUCCCGCUUGCCCCCAGGACUGCCAAGGCCAUGGGCAGUGUGUGUCAGGACGCUGUGUGUGUAACCCUGGUUACUCGGGCCUGGACUGUGGGACCCGGAGUUGUCCUAGCAAUUGUAACCGGCGUGGGGAGUGCCGCAAUGGUCGCUGUAUUUGCGAGCCGGGCUUUACUGGUCCAGCUUGUGGAACCAAAUCUUGCCCCAAUGAUUGCAACCAGAGAGGACGCUGUUUGAAGGGAGGAGCGUGUGCCUGCCACAAGGGAUACACGGGGCCUGACUGUGGACAAGUGGCAUGUCCAGAAGACUGCAGUGGUCACGGAGAAUGCCAGAAUGGAGUGUGUCUGUGUCAUGAUGGCUAUUCUGGAGAUGACUGUGCCACAGAGAUUCCAUCCAUUGGUGUCCGUGUGUCCAACCGAGAUGAGACAUCUUUCCGGCUAGAGUGGAACCGGCCACAGAUUCCUGUGGAUGCCUAUGAGAUCCACAUGGUACCCAAGAAAACUCCCCGAGCAGGUGAAUCUGUGCGCUUGUCUGGUACUGAGACCACCUUUGAACGCAGAGGACUGACACCUGGAGAAGAAUACACUGUCACCAUCCGGGCGGAAAAAGGGCAGCGCUAUGGACCUCCUGUCUCCCAGACUGUGCAAACACGUGUGGCUCCUCCCCGUGGCCUACGGUCGUCACAAGUGACAGAAAACUCCAUAACUUUGCAGUGGGAACCUCCUGUCUCUCACUGUGAGGGAUACGUCCUCAGCUACGUACCUGUGGUUACCACCCGACCUGCCCAAGCCACAAAACGUGUGGAGCUUCCACCAACCCCUGAAAUGGUCACCUUGGAAGAACUGGAGAGCAACACCCGGUAUCGCAUCACUUUGGUCGCUCGCCAGAGCGGUGAGAGCAGCCGAGCCACCACUAUCGUCACCAGCACCACUGCACCAACUGCAAGGCAACCAGUCCACCAGUAUUCAACACCAUCCCCUUCUUCCCAUUUAAGACCUGGCAUUUCUUCUACCCGUCCUGAAUCUCCAAAUGUAAGACCUGGAACUUCUACCCAUCUUGAAUUUCCAAAUUUAAGACCUGGCACUUCUUCUAACUAUCCUGAAUCUCCAAAUGUAAGACUUGGCACUUCUACCUAUCCUGUAUCUCCAAAUGUGAGACCUGGAACUUCUUCUACUUAUCCUCAACCUCCACAUGUGAGACCUGACACUUCUUCUACCCAUCCUGAAUCUCCAAAUGUAAGACCUGGCACUUCUACCCGCCCUGACUCUCCAAAUGUGAGACCUGACAUUUCUUCUACUCGUCCUCAACCUCCAAAUGUGAGACCUGACAUUUCUUCUACCCGUCCUCAACCUCCAAAUGUGAGACCUGACAUUUCUUCUACUCGUCCUCAACCUCCAAAUGUGAGACCUGACACUUCUUCUACCCAUUCUGAACCUCCAAAUGUAAGACCUGGCACUUCUACCCAUCCUAAACCUCCAAAAGUGAGACCUGACACUUCUUCUACCCACCCUGAACCUCCAAAUGUGAGACCUGACAUUUCUUCUACUCGUCCUCAACCUCCACAUGUGAGACCUGACACUUCUUCUACCCAUUCUGAACCUCCAAAUGUAAGACCUGGCACUUCUACCCAUCUUAAACCUCCAAAAGUGAGACCCGACACUUCUACCCAUCCUCAACCUCCAAAUGUGAAACCUGACACUUCUUCUACCCAUCCUCAACCUCCAAAUGUGAAACCUGACACUUCUACUCAUCCUCAACCUCCAAAUGUAAGGCCUGGCACUUCUUCUAUCAGUCCCGAAUCUUCAGGUCCACCAGACCACCACACCACCCCAGUGACUAAGGAGGUGUUUUUGAAGAAAAUUACCCAGAAUAUCUCAGCCAAGCUUUCCCCGUACAAUGGAACUCUCCUGGAACGUUUGAAGAGUUACCUCCGUGCCACGAACUUCCCUGUCCAGGGCAACCGCACCAUAGAAAAUGUGGCCAGGGACAUCUACAUCUACCUCAUCCGCUGGAAGCCAAAGGAGUUCCAAGACAGGGUCAGGGAACGCCUGGUGAAAGAGACAAACAGCUCCUUCCCCGCAAGGGAGUUCCCUAUAGGGGAAACUGAUAGUGUCUACUCAGAUGGGUACAUCCGUUCGGACCAUGCCAAACCAUCAGUGAUCACCAGCUCUCCAGAAAGUAUGGAGUUGCUGCUGGAUGGUGUGAGGGGAGUCUCCGAAAAUGUCAUUAUCCGAUUCCGAGAUAUGAGGAGCGGAGAAGGAGGGGAAGUCGUUGUUCCAGGAGAUGCUUCCAAAGCGAUCAUCACUGGGUUGGCUCCGGGUACAACCUACCAGGUGGAAAUCCAUGGCGUUGUGAAAGGCCACUCAUCCAAGUCGUAUUCCUUUAUAACUGCCACAGCUCCGGCUUCACCAACCCCUGCCAAGGCCCAGCCUGUCCUGAGCACCACCCGAAGCCCAGUCGUGUCCCUGACGGACCUCACGGUGACAGAGGUCUCUCCAAGCAGUCUCCAUGUUACGUGGUCAGCCCCACCCAAUUCCUUCCGGGGCUUUUCUUUCCAGUAUAGGGAUCCCAAAUCCAAUGCCACACCUGGCGAAAUCAGACUACCGGGGACAGAGAGAAGUGUCAACGUGACGGGCUUGAGCCCUAGAACUGACUACGAACUGCAGUUAUAUGGAGAGAAACCCAACGGGCUUUAUGAGGGUCCAAUAACAUCAAAGGCAUCAACAGCCCCAGCAUCAGCAGCAGAGAAGCCCAGCCUAGGUGGUAUCUCAGUCUUGGAAGUGACUGACAAUGCUGCACGCCUUUCCUGGAGCGUUGCCACCGGGACUUUUGACUCUUUUUUAAUCCAGUAUAAAGACGCUGAAGGCAAACUGAAGUCACUGCCUUUGAAUGGGGACUUGCGGGAAGCCAUCAUCUCUGAGCUGGUACCAUCCCGAAAAUACAAAUUCAACCUCUAUGGACUUGUGGGCCGCAAGCGUCAUGGCCCUGUUUCCACAGAAGCUGUCACAGUAAAGCCAGAGAAGAGACUGACUGCUCCGCCAGGCUUGGGAGAACUCUCUGCCUCCGACAUCACCAGCGAUUCUGUCCAUCUGUCCUGGAGUGUCCCCUCUGGCAGCUUUGACUCCUUUGUGAUCCAGUUCAAGGAUGCUGAAGGCAGGCCGCAAGUGAUUCCCGCAGAAGGGGACGUCCGCGAAGUCACAAUCCCCAGCCUGGCUCCAUCCCGCAAAUAUCGCUUCAACCUCUAUGGUAUCUCCAAUCGCAAACGUCUCGGUCCUGCCACCACGGAUGUCACCACAGCACCACGGGAAGAAGAGACCACGCCAGAAGCUGUCCUUGGUGACCUGUCUGUCUCAGAUACCACCAGCGACUCCAUCCGUCUCAUAUGGAGCGUCCCCAUAGGCAACUUUGACUCUUUCUUAAUCCAGUACCAAGAUUCAGAGGGCAACGAUCAGUCCCUGCCUGUGAACCAGGAUUUCCGUGAGGCCACUAUUGCCAAUUUGACUCCUUCCCAAAGAUACAGGUUUAACCUCUAUGGCAUCUCUGGCUCUCAGCACCUGGGACCUGUUUCUGCUGAUGCCGUUACAGCUGCUAAGGAAACUAAGAAAGAAAGACCAGGAGAUACGGUAUCUGUUCAGCCUACUUUGGGGGAGCUCUCAGCCUCUGACGUCACCAGUGAUUCCGUCCUCCUCUCCUGGACUGUCCCCACUGGGAAUUUUGACUCCUUCCUGAUCCAGUACAAGGACGCACAGGGCAAGACCCAGGCACAGCCCAUAGAGGGGGACUUCCGUGAGGCCACCAUCCCUAAUCUCAGUCCUUCUCGCAGAUACAAGUUCAACCUCUACGGAAUCUCUGGGCGCAAGCGAUCCAGCCCCAUCUCCACUGAGGCCACAACAGCUUCCACGCCAGGCUCACCAGAGGCUGAGAGAGGGACUGCUGCUCAGCCCAGCCUGGGAAAGCUCUCGGUCUCUGAUGUCACCAACAAUUCUCUCCGUCUCUCCUGGACUGUCCACACUGGAAGCUUUGACUCUUUCCUAGUGCAGUACAAGGAUGCAGAAGGAAAAGCCCAAGCAUUGCCUGUGGGAGGGGAUGCCCGUGAAGUCAUCAUCCCCAGCUUGGCUCAUUCCCACAGAUACAAGUUCAACCUCUACGGGGUCUCUGGACGCAAGCGGUCAAGCCCCCUCACCACCGAAGCCACAACAGCUUCGCAGGAGAGUGAGGAUCCGACCCCUGUCCAUCACAGCCUGGGAGAGCUCUCCCUUUCGGAUGUCACCAACAAUUCUGUCCGUCUCUCCUGGACCAUUCCCACCGGGAGCUUUGACUCUUUUCAAGUGCAAUACAAGGAUGCUGGAGGCAAAUUUCAAGCCUUGCCGGUGAAGGGGGACUCCCGUGAGGUUGUCAUCCCCAACCUUGUUCCUUCCCACAGAUACAAGUUCAACCUCUAUGGAGUUGCCGACCGUAAACGCUUAGGUCCGGUCUCUAUUGACGCCAUUACAGCUUCAGUUUCCCAGGAGAGUGAGGAGGAGACUGCUGUUCAGCCCAGCCUGGGAGAGCUCUCUGUUUCUGAUAUCACCACCGAUUCUGUCCGUCUCUCCUGGACCGUCCGUACUGGGAGCUUUGAUUCUUUCCUAGUGCAUUACAAAGAUGCCAAAGGCAAACCCCAAUCAUUGCCAGUGGAAGGGGAUGCCCGUGAGGUCAUUGUCCCCAACCUGGUUCCUUCCCGCAGAUACAAGUUCAACCUCUAUGGAGUCUCUGGACGCAAACGUUCAGGUCCCUUCUCCAUUGAUGCCACUACAGCUGCAAUGGCAACAUCACCAGAGGUGACCACGGAAAGAGUGACCACUCAUCUAAGCCUGGACCAGCUCUCUGUUUCCGAUGUCACCAGUAAUUCAGUCCGUCUCUCCUGGGUCGUCCCCACUGGGAAUUUUGAUUCCUUCCUAGUCCAAUACAAAGACCCACAAGGGAGACUUCAGGCAUUGCCUGUGGACGGCAUCUCCCGAACCCUCACAGUGCCAAACCUGGAACCUGCACAAAGAUAUAGAUUCAACCUCUAUGGGGUUUUUGGAAGCAAGCGUUAUGGCCCUCUGCCCGUAAUGGCUCUUACAGCCUCAGUCUCACCAUCGCUGCCAGAACAAGCAGGAGUAUCAGUCCCCCAGCCCAAGCUUGGGAACUUCUCCAGUUUUGACAUUUCUAGUGAUUCGCUCAAACUCGCCUGGACUGUCCUGAGUGGACCAUCGUUUGACUCUUUCCUGAUUCAGUACAAGGAUGCGGAGGGUAAACCCCAGGCCUUGCCUGUGGGCCCAGAUGCCCGUGAAGUCACCAUCUCCAAUCUGGCCCCUUCCCAUAAAUACAAAUUCCAUCUUUACGGAGUUUCUGGCACCAAGCGAAUCGGAUCCCUUUCCACUGAGGCAGUCACAGCCCCAUUGAUGGAGAAACCCACUCCCCCGCUCAGACUGGGGCAGCUGACAGCAAGUAACCUUAUGCCCAAUUCUCUCGAUCUCUCCUGGACUGUUGAGGAAGGAAAUUUUGACUCUUUCAUCAUCCAGUACCGAGAUGCUCAGAACAGAUCACAAGCGCUCCCUGUCGAUGGGAACCUGCGUUCUCUCCAUCUCCACGACCUGGUUCCCUCUCACAGAUAUCAGAUCAACCUCUAUGGUGUCUCAGGCAGAAAACGUCUCGGUCCCAUCUCCACCGAAGCAGAGACAGCUCCAUUGCCCACAACGCCACCGCCACUGCCACCACCUCAGCCCACUUUGGGGGAUCUCUCCGUUUCAGAUGUCACUAGCAAUUCCAUCCUUCUCUCCUGGUCAGUGCCCACUGGCAGCUUUGAUUCCUUCUCAAUCCAAUACAAAGAUGCAGAAGGAAAGCCACAAAUGCUGCCCGUGGAAGGGGAGUCUCGUGAAAUCACCGUCCCUAACCUGGUUCCCUCCCGGAGAUACAAGUUCAACCUCUAUGGAAUCUCUGGUCGCAAGCGUGUGGGCCCCAUUUCUGCUGACACUGUCACAGCAUCAUUGCCACAGGAACCUCCAGUUCCUCCCAGUUUGGGGCAGCUCUCUGCCUCUGACAUCACCAGUGACUCUGUCCGCCUCUCAUGGACGGUCCCCACUGGGAGCUUUGACAACUUCCAGGUCCAGUACAAAGAUGCCAACGGGAAGCUUCAGACCAUCCCAGUGGAGGGAGUCUUGCGUGAGAUCAUCAUCUCCAAUCUGGCCCCGUCCCGCAGAUACAAGUUCAACCUUUAUGGAUUCACUGGACGCAAGCGCCUGGGCCCCAUCUCUACUGAUGCUGUUACAGCGUCACCUCCAGCAGAAACACGUGCUCCACCCAGCUUGGGACAGCUCUCUGUCUCAAACGUCACCAGUGAUUCCGUCCAUCUCACCUGGACUGUUCAUACAGGGAACUUUGACUCCUUCUUAAUCCAGUACAAGGACGCCGAAGGCAAACCUCAAGCAUUGCCCUUGGAUGCAAGCACCCGUGAGACCACCAUCACUAGUCUAUCCCCUUCUCGUCGAUACAAGUUCAACCUCUAUGGAAUUGCAGGGCGUAAACGUCUUGGCCCGGCCUCUGCAGAUGCAGUCACAGCAUCUCCAGCGAAGAAAGAGGAGUCAGUGCAGCCCAGCCUGGGGGAGCUCUCCAUUUCCGAUCUCACCAGCAACUCAGCCCUUCUCUCCUGGACUGUCCUAACGGGGAGUUUUGACUCGUUCUUGAUCCAAUACAAGGAUGCGGAGGGCAAACCCCAGUCGUUGCCCGUGGAAGGCCCCUCUCGCAAAGUCACUGUUUCAAACCUGGCUCCUUCCCGCAGAUACAAGUUCAACCUUUACGGACUUUCUGGUCGCAAACGGCUUGGCCCUGUUUCCUCUGAGGCCACCACAGUUGAACCAGAGGAGGAGGAGAAAGAGGAGGAAGAUGAAAGACGCAAACCUCGCCUGGGGGAACUCUUGGUUUCAGAAACCAACAGCGAUUCAGUCCGCCUUUUUUGGAGUGUCCCAGUGGGACGUUUUGAUUCUUUCCUUGUUCAGUAUGAAGAUGGAGAUGAUGAUGUGCAGACUGUGCCAGUGGAUGGUGACUCUCGUGAGGUCACAAUCCCUAACCUGGCUCCGUCCCAGAGGUACCAGUUUGACCUCUAUGGCAUCACAGGUGGUGAAACCCUUGGGCCUAUAUCUACUGACACCUUCACAGCUUCAUCAGCACAAGAGCAGCAAGUAAAAGAAACAUCAACCCCAACUCCAGAACCCAACCUGGGGGAGCUCUCUGUGUCUGAAGUCACCAGUGAUUCUGUCCGUCUGUCAUGGGAUGUCCCUAGGGAGACUUUUGACUCAUUUGUGGUCCAGUACACGGAUGCUGAAAAUAAACCACAGGAAAUCCCUGUGGAUAAGGAUACCAACUCAGUGGUGAUCUACUACCUGGUUCCUUUCUACAGAUACACAUUCUAUCUCUAUGGCAUUUCUGAACGUAGACGUCUUGGCCCAGUCUCCAUCAGUAUUGUCACAGCAAUAACAGAAGAUGAGAAGCAGAAGGAAGAGGCCCAUGAGGAGGCCCCUGUGGGAAUGGAGCCCCGUUUGGGAAAGCUCACGGUCUCUGAGGUCUCCAAUAAUGCUGCCCAUCUCACCUGGACUGUCCCCCAGGGAAACUUUGAUUCUUUCUCAAUCCAAUACAAGGAUGCGGACGGACGAAACCAGGCCUUCCCCGUAGCCGGAGGGUCCCGAGAGGCCAUGAUCCCCAACUUGACCCCCUCUCACAAAUACAGGUUCAAUCUCUAUGGUAUCUCUGGAUCCCGACGUCUUGGACCCAUCUCUGCCAAUGCUGUGACAACAGCUAUGACAACAACACAUGAUGAGAAACCUCAAAACGUGAGAGAAGAACCCGUCACGGAGGUCCCCACUGGAACGGAGUCCCGUUUGGGGAAGCUCACGGUCCCCGAGGUCACAAGUAAUGCAGCUCGCCUCUCCUGGACUGUCCCUCUGGGGACCUUUGAUUCUUUCUUAAUCCAGUACAAGGAUGCAGAGGGAAGGUCUCACAUGCUUCCUGUAGGAGGAGGGUCUCGUGAGGUCGUGGUCCCCAACCUGGUCCCCUCUCACAAAUACAAGUUCAAUCUCUAUGGCAUCUCUGGACAACAACGACUUGGACCCAUCUCUGCCAAUGUUUUGACAACAGCUUCAGCAACGACACCUGAUGAGAAGCACCACGAAGUGGGAGAAGAAGCUGCCAAGGAGGUCCCUAGAGAAACAGAGCCCCGUUUGGGGAUGCUCACGGUCUCCGAGGUCACCAGCGACAGUGCCCAUCUCACCUGGACCGUCCCCCAAGGAAACUUUGAUUCUUUCUCAAUCCAAUUCAAGGACGCAGGGGGAACACCCCGGGCUCUACCUGUGGGAGGAGACUCUCGUGAGGCUGUGGUCCCCAACUUAACCCCCUCCCACAAAUACAGGUUCAAUCUCUAUGGCAUCUCUGGACCACGACGCCUGGGACCCAUCUCCGCCAAUGCUGUGACAACAGCUGCUGAAACACCAGUGCAGAGAACUGAGGAGAAAGAGGAGACGGAGAAGGUGUUGCCAGAGCCAAGCAAGAUUGUUCAGCCCAGCAUGGGAGACCUCACUGUCUCUGAGGUCACCCCUGAUUCUCUUCUCCUUUCCUGGAGCAUCCGGGAAGGGAGCUUUGAUUCUUUCCUCAUCCAGUACAAGGAUGCUGUGGGCAAGCCCCAGACGUUACCUGUGGAUGGAGCCAUGCGCUCCCUCCAUCUCUACAACUUGGUUCCCUCACAAAGAUACAAAUUCACUGUCUUCGGAGUCUCUGGCCAGAAACGUCUUGGACCCGUCUCAAUUGAUGCUGUCACAGCAGUUGAAGAGCGCCCUCAGGAAGAACCUACUGUUCAGCCCAGGCUGGGAGACUUGUCUGUCUCUAAGGCCACCAGUGAUUCGGUCAGUCUGUCCUGGAGCGUACCAGCUGGGACUUUCGACUCUUUCCUGAUCCAGUACAAAGACGUGGAGGGCAAGCCCCAGGUCUUACCUCUCAGCGGCAGCUCCCGUGAGGUCACCAUCCCCGGCCUGGCUCCUUCUCGCAGAUAUAAGUUCAAUCUUUAUGGCAUUAGCGGGCACAAACGCUUGGGUCCCAUCUCUGCAGAUACCAUCACAGGCCCGAGCACCAAACCACAGAACAUAGCUCAGCUCAAGCUUGGAGAACUGUCAGCCCAGGACAUCACGGCCGAAUCUCUUCUCCUUUCCUGGACCAUGAAGAGUGGGAACUUUGACUCCUUUAUCAUCCAGUACAGAGAUGCAGAUGGCAAACCCCACGCUUUGCCCGUGGAUGGGAGUUUGCGCUCAAUGAAGCUUCACGACUUAGUCCCCUCUCAUAGAUACAGAUUCAACCUCUAUGGUGUCUCUGGACGCAAGCGUUUUGGACCUGUUUUCACAGAGGCCACUACAGCUGCUUCCGACAAGGCGCCCCCUCCUCGGCCCACUCUGGGGGAGCUUUCAGCUUCUGACAUCAACAGCACAUCUGUCCGUCUCUCCUGGAACGUCCUGCUUGGGAAUUUCGACUCCUUCAUUGUCCAAUACCGGGAUGCGGAGGGGAAACCUCAUGCAUUGCCUGUGGACAGAAACUCCCACGAGGUGGUCAUCUACAACCUAGUGCCUUCUCGUAGAUACAAGUUCAACCUCUAUGGCAUCUCUGGACGCAAGCGCCUUGGCCCUGUCUCCGCUGAAGUAGUCACAGAACGAAUGGAAGAACCAGAGAUCCGCCCAACGCUGGGCGAUCUCUUCAUCUCCGAGGUCACCCAGGACUCUGUCCGACUCUCGUGGACCAUCUCAGCCGGGAAGUUCAACUCUUUCCUCAUCCAGUACAACGAUGCCGAAGGAAAGCCCCAGACUGUGCCCGCUGAUGCCGAAGACCGCACCGUUGUGAUCUCAGACCUGAUGAAUUCCCACAGAUACAAGUUCAACCUCUAUGGCAUCUUAGGCAGGAAGCGGAUCGGACCAAUCUCUACCGAUGCAGUCACAGCUUUUCCAGAUGCCUCCAAUGAAUCGGCCACCUUGCUGGAGAACCUGGUUGUCUCCGAAGUGACGCCCACUUCUCUGAAGCUCACCUGGGAGGUUCCAGAGGGAGAGUUCGAUGUCUUCCUGGUCCGGGGCAAGGAGUCUCUUCUGGGAAGUGGAAGGAGCCCCCCGCCACCCAAGGAAAUGACCGUGAUGGGAAAUGAGCGCUCAGCUGUGCUCCGUGGCCUUUCACCCAACACCGAGUAUGGCCUUACAGUCUUUGGCAUCAGGGAAGGAAACCAAGUGGCCAACAUCAACACAGCUGCGAGGACUAGUGGGCUAGAACUGGACAGUCCCCGGGAUCUGUGGUUCAAUGACAUCCGGGAGACCUCAGUUGUGGCCAACUGGAGACCAGCAUCCUCCCGCAUUGAUCACUACAAAGUCUCCUUCCAGCUCUCAGAUGGUGGUGAGCCCAAAAGUAUCUUGGUGGAUGGAUCCAAACUCAAAACACCCAUUGAGGGUCUGACUCCCGGAGCAAGCUAUGAGGUGACUGUGAUGUCUCUCCGAGGAUUUGAAGAGAGCGAACCUUUGGUGGGCUAUGUCACCACAGUUCCAGAUGGUCCUUCAGACUUGCGGGCCAUCAACAUCACUGACUCCUCGGCAGUGUUGACGUGGCACCCAGCUAUGGCUGAAAUGAACAACUACAUUGUCACCUAUGGACCCGUUGGUGAUCACCCAUUGAUCUCCAAGCAGAUGGCAAAUAGCCCAUCUUCGUCUACUCCACCUGAUGGCUGGAGCUCUCCAGAUGCCAGAGUCUCCGAAUCAGUGCCAGGGAACCGGGUCCAGCUGCGAGUCUCGGGACUACGGCGGGACACAGAAUACCGGGCCAGUGUCUAUGGGGAGAAGGAAGGAAACCGGAGCUCCCCCAUCAGUGCCACCUUCACCACUGGAGUGGAUGGGCCCCGGGACCUCCGGGCGAGUGAGAUCUCAGCCCGCAGUGCUCGCCUCACUUGGUUACCACCCCGAGCAACUCCGGGUGGAUACCUGUUAAGUUAUGAAACUCCUUAUGGGCAACUAAAGGAGAUCUCCUUGGAUGCUAACAUCACUUCGUAUGAAAUCCAGGACCUCAUUCCUUCCACUAGUUACCAGGCCCAAGUCCAGGCGCUGAGGAGAGGGAUGCCCACAGCCCCCACCUCCACUUCCUUCACCACCGAGCGCCUGACUUACCCUUUCCCUCGGGAUUGCUCAGAGGAGAGCCUGAAUGGGCCCGGACCCUCCCGGGUGACAACGAUUUAUCUUGGAGGCAACCGAGAGCGGCCCUUGCAGGUGUAUUGUGACAUGGAGACCGAUGGAGGUGGCUGGAUAGUUUUUCAGCGUCGGAUGAAUGGCGAGACGGACUUCUGGCGUGACUGGCAGGAUUAUGUCACUGGCUUUGGCAACCUUACUCGAGAAUUUUGGCUGGGGAACACUGCUUUGCACCAGCUGACGUCCUCAGGGGACUAUGAGCUGCGAGUGGACCUUCGUGCCGGGAAUGAAUCUGUGUAUGCCAACUACCAGAGUUUCCGCGUCGAUUCCCCUGCUGACUAUUACCGCCUCCACCUGGGAAGUUACAGUGGCACGGCUGGCGAUGCAUUCAGCUAUCACUCAGGCAGCGUCUUCUCCACCCGAGAUCGGGACCCCAACCGGCUCAUCAUAUCCUGUGCCGUCUCAUACCGGGGAGCCUGGUGGUACCGCAACUGCCACUACGCCAACCUCAACGGGCUCUACGCAAACAACCGCGACCACCAGGGCAUCAACUGGUUUAACUGGAAAGGUUUUGAGUUCUCCAUCCCUUUCACCGAGAUGAAGCUUCGGCCCCGUGGCUUCCAGCCUUUGCGGCGGGCGUGAGCAAGGAGGCCUGCAAAGGGACUAAGGGGGAGAGCAGAGGAGGAGGAGGGACAAGAUCUCGUGACUGCUCCUCUCACGAUGGGAUCCCUCACACUCUCCCUGAGCUAAAGAAGAAAGCAAGAGCAAAAACAAAGGACAGCAAUGAAUGGAUAUUUUCUAAAAGCACCUUGUAUUGUUGUUAUUGCGAUUAUUUUUCCUGCCGUGCACCAGCCACAGAAUGCCAAGAAUACAGAGCAUCCAGAAGAGUAGAAGAGAGCAAGGAGGAUGGAGCCACAGGAUCUCUAUACACCUCCCCACUCAGCAACCUUUCUUUCUGGAAAGUCGUUGAAAAUUAAUAAAGUUGGCCAGGUUCUCAACCAGUCAUCUCCAAAAUGGACUGACCAUUUAACCAGUUGCCACCAAUUCUGGUUUCGCCUCUCAUUUGACAGUCCUGAGAGGAAUACACUUUGAUCUUGUGUCCUCUAGUUGUAUCCCCUUUUCUGUUCACAUUCUCUGCAGAUCCAUCACCAGAGAGUUGGACAACUUCCAGUACAAUCCACCAGCAUUGUCAAUGGCAUUGUUGACUUUGAAUUCUGAUAGGUCCAAAACAGAAAUUGUUUCAUGGCUCAAUUUGUCUCUCAUUUCUCCAAUGUAAAUCCUUUUACAUUCACCCAUUUUUCAUUAUUAUCACCAACUCCUCUUCCUCUUCUCCCUCCCACAAGCACAAUCCAGAAAAGUAACUUUUGGUUGCAGAUCAAAACACCUUUUAAUAAUAAUAGUGGUGAUAAUGAUACAUUUUUUAUUUUCCCCUCCUGGGAAUUUUGUCAGUUCAAGCCAUGCUUGCUGCUGCCUUUCCAACCUCCACUCCAGUUGCCAUCUAAAGCCCUUGCACCCCAAUAGUUAUCCUUGCUCUUCGAAUAGUUACCUCAAGGCUGGCUGCCUCAAGAUACAGUUCUUCUCCUUCCUCUAGGUACUCCUGAGUAAUCGCACCGCUUGCGCAGGAAAAUUAAUAAGAUGAGAACUGUCUUAAUGUCAGACUCUGGAAGGUCUUGGAGUUAAAAUCAAGCUCACCACAAUAAAUUGCUGGAGACAAGGUUUUUUAUUCCUUCUUUCCACAAUCCUAAAAAAGACAGUUCUAAAGUUUUCUCGCUCAAACCUCCUGUAUAUAUCAGCCUCAACUCCCAUUCGCCCCCUAGUGCGCAAACACUGUGCCCACAGGCUGUUAAUUGCAGUUUCAAUUUCCCUCAUUAAAACAGAUGUCUUAUUUACACUAACUUCCUCAACUUUUCCCAGCCUCCCUUCUCCCUCCUCCCUUCUUUAUGUCAGAGAACCAAAGCAGCCAGUCCCAGGCUGAUAAGGCGAUCCUGACACCAGGAUGGAAAUCCCAAAACUAAUGAACAGAGUGAGGCACUGAGCAGGAAAAAUUGAACUGAAAUCAAAAUCAAAUGGAUACAAUUAAAUUUAAAACAGUCUAUUCAUAUCAAGCAAGGACCAAGCAGAAUAUCAUACACUCCGUUUAUUGAUAAAUACCAGGAUUUGUGUGCCCAAGCAGCAUCAGAGUGUGAUCAAGACAGCAAAAGUUGUUAAUGAGAAAAGAUAUGUAUGCUAGGAGAAGGUGCAGCAGUUUACUCUUUUGUCAUUUGAAGUCAGUUUGCAGCAAUAUAGACAGUGAAAAACCCGAAGGCAAUAAAUUUGAACACAUGUUCCCUACCUUCCUGGUAUCCUAGGAGCAGUACCUGCACCCAAUGGUUGGAUAUUUCUAUCAUGAGAGAGUAGAAAGGAGGAUUUCAUUCCCAGAGGGUAACAAAAAUGAAUGUUGAAGCAGGUACAGUCCUUACAAAUCAAGGGAAGGCUGGAUAUCGGCACAAGGUGGGUAGGGGAGAGGGAGGAAGAGGCAGGCUGUAAAGUGUUAUUGGAGAAGGGGGGGGUAAAGUUUACUUAUACAAAGCACUUGGGUGGGAGCUAUUUUUAGAUCAUUGUGAGAAAAUGUUUAAAAUAAAAUUACGUUUUUAAAAAGGA